UGGCAAAACCCCCCCUCCAACGAUCGCAAAAACAGAACAAAACAACCAGCUCUCACCGCCCGCGCCGGCUCAUACCUAGAUAACCAACUGUCAAGAUUUGCCGUCCUCCUCAUCAACGCCAUCGCCGUCCUCUCCGAAGAUCGCUUCCUCGCACGCAUCAACCUCUCACCAUCCUCCUACGACCCUGCCUUCGGCCAGAGCACCGAUGCCAGCGUCAAGGCGAAGAUUAUCAACCUGAUUGCGAGCGUGCGCACGCUCAUGAGAAUACCGUUAAUAGCGAUCAACACCCUCAUCAUCCUGUACGAGCUCAUCCUCGGUUAA